AUGUCAGAUGGUCAGAGCAAGCCGGGCAAGCCAUACGGCUGCCUUGCAGACUGGGGUCCCGAUACUCUCGCUGCUAGCUGCAACGUUUGCGGGUUCGCUUGCUGGGUCGGGGCUGCCAGGGUGAGGGCCCUGAUGCCAAGCAUCAAAAUUGGUCAGGCGGAGCCGCCAGCACAUCCAACACAAACCAACACAUCGAGCAUGUCUUUGGAGCUCUGGUGGAUACGGCUCGCCUACGACGGCACGGACUACGCGGGUUGGCAGAAGCAAUCCGAGGAGGUGCGGACGAUCCAAGGCGAAGUCGACAAGGCGCUCUCAUUGGUAUUUCGAAGCAGCAUUCGCACCGUGGGGGCCUCUCGCACAGACAGCGGCGUGCAUGCACAAGGUCAAGUUUGCCACUUCGAGGCACCAUCAAGGUGGGCCAACAGCAACAGCCGUCUGGAUGCUGAGGCAGCUCUCCGUCGGCUCAGGCUGACGCUUCCCAAGGCGAUCUUGCCCUUAGAGCUUGGCCUCGCGCCCAGCGGUUUUCAUUCCAGACUCACCGCCAAGAAGAAGCAGUACUCCUACAGACUCUCGACGACAAGCUUGGUGAUGCCCUUCGACGCGCGACGCUGCUGGCUUUGUGGCGAUCUUGAUUUGGAAGCUGUUCAGAAGGCCAUCGAAGCGCUCAGUGGUAGAGAAAUGGAUUAUUCUGCUUUCAGUACUGGGGAGAACGACCCAGAUUACCAUGGAUCCAAUGUCAAGUCUGUGGAUCUCUCCAUGCACGUGAAAGGACCAGACCAGAUUUUCAUAUUUGCAGUAUCGGAGCGGUUUCUGUACAAGAUGGUUCGGCGGAUUGUGGGCGGACUUGUCGAAGUGGGCAAAGGUCGCUUGGAAGCUUCCAGCUUGGAGUUGGCCAACCGCCGUCAGAUACCGACUGCACCUCCGGAAGGUCUUCAACUGGAUGAAGUCAUCUACCCAUUCGAUCUGAAUUGCAAGGCAAAUGAACGCGUCUGA